AUGUACCUAGCAUUUGCAAAUUCCAUCAAAGGAUGGAAACACUGUAGGCCAGUCAUUGUGAUAGAUGGAACUUACUUGAAGACAUCAUUUGGGGGAACUUUAUUCACUGCUUCAACAAUGGAUGCUAACAACAACAUAUUCCCAUUAGCCUUUGGAAUAGGAGACUCUGAAAAUGAUUCAUCAUGGUUAUGGUUUUUCACAAAGCUGAAGGAGACAUAUGGAGAAAGAGAAGGUAUGUCAAUCAUUUCAGACAGGCAUAAAAGCAUAGAAAAUGCUAUAGACGAUGUAUACCCAAAAGCUUUCCAUGGAGCAUGCAUAUUCCACCUGUUAAACAACAUCAAAGUCAAUUUUGGUGUCCAUGGGGAGGACCUAAACCUAAACUUUGUCAAAGCAGCAAAGGCAUACAGGGUACAAUCAUUUGAGCACUACAUGCAUGAAAUAGACAAGAUUGACACACGCAUAAGACCGUAUUUACAAAAAAUUGGAUAUUCAACUUGGUCUAGAUGCCAUGCUCCAACAAGAAGAUAUACAAUGAUGACAUCAAAUAUAGCUGAAUCAAUAAAUGCUGCAUUGAAAGCUGCAAGAACGCUGCCAAUCACUACAAUGAUGGAGGGUCUUCGAAGUUUAGUUCAAAAAUGGGUAUGGAAAAAUGGUAACGAAGCAAACGGAACAUUCACACAAAUAACAACAGAUACUGAAACUAUGCUUAGAGAAAACUUUAUUCGUGCCAUUAAAUUUCAGGUCUUCCCAGUAAACACUAUACUGUACCAAGUUGUGGUUGAACAGAAAGGAAAUUUUUUGGUCAACCUAAUGGAGAAAACAUGUGAAUGCAAAAGAUUCCAACAAGACGAAAUACCGUGUGCACAUGCAAUAGCAGUAUUCGCCAAAACACGGCUGAAAACAUAUGAUUAUGUUAUUGAUUACUACAAAACUACAACUAUGAAAGCAACAUAUGACUCAACUGUUCUUCCAUUGCCAAAUGAAAGCGAAUGGACAUUGCCAGAGACUUUAAACAUAAUUGUCCUACCACCAAAAUCAAGAAAACCACCAGGCCGCCCUAGAAGAAAAAGAAUCAGAUCUAGAGGAGAACCAAAGGUGCAAAUAAAAUGUGGAAGAUGCGCGCAACAAGGGCAUAAUAGAAAAACAUGCAGGAAUGAACCAAUCCCAAAGCUGCGAAACACAACAAAGUCAAAGAAAAUAGACAAAUAA